AUGCGGAGUGUGGAAACUCAAGAGCCAGAGGCUUUGCAUUUGUAGGUCAAAGUAUUAGUAAAGGGUUAAAUUACCGUUUCCAUAGAGGCUGUGGUUUUUUACUUUGCCUCAAUACAACCACGAGAUUCUAAUUGGUAAUUAAGAACAACAAUGGUGUUUAGCUCUCCUCUUGGUCUGGGCCUGAGGCAACUUGCUUACAGACGUUAUCGGCAAAGAAGACGUCGGAACAAGAGAUUGCAAGCUGCUUGCAACGCUAACCCGGUUGUUUCGAACACUAUUAGUGGUGUUGACGGUGACAGUGUAGAUUUAGUAAUGAUGGAGAUACUAAGCAGACUACGGGUGAAGUCACUUCUCCGUUUCAAGUGUGUAUGUAAACGUUGGAGAUACUUGAUUGAACAAGAUCCAUAUUUUAUUGACUUACACCUUACUCGUUCAAUAGCACGUCCAAAUCUCUUUAUGGUUGUUCCGACAGAAACCCGGAAACCAAUUCACAGGGGAGGGACUUCUUGUAAAGAUGUUUUCUUGGCAGCAAACCUAAUUUCUGAAGGCAGUGACAGCUCAACAGCAGCCGUUCAUACCGUAAUAGAAAUAGACUCGCCUUGUUACUCAAAGAUUUUGGGACCUCUAAAUGGUUUGAUUGGUUUCUUUGACAGUAAAGUUGACUACGGAGUGCGUAUAUGUAAUGUUAGUACGCUAGAAAUAACACCUUGGAUUAAGUCAACAUUACUUAGCGAUUUACAGAAAGAUGGCUUCCUGCGAACCCGAUAUGUAAACUGGGAUUUGAUCCUGCCACCAAGGAGCACAAAUUCAUCUGUGCCUGGGAUAUUUGCCCAACGGGUAAUCUCCCUAGUUAUCAAGUUUUUGAAGUUUUGACUGUUGGAGACACUACAUGGAGAAGAAACAAUAAGAUUCCACCAUUCAAGCUGUCUCAUUUUGAAGAUCCUUCAUCUUAUACCAAUGGUUCUACAUAUUAUAAGACGUCAGUCCUUUACAGCAAGGUGCAUGACGAUGAUGAUGAUAGGCCAGAAUUCAUCGUGGCUUUUGAUGUUGGAAGUGAGAUGUUUAGAGCACCCAGAGUCCCUAAAUUCAUCCUUUAUCGACCUCGGGAUACUUCAAUGAGGCGUACAUGUUUAUCAGAAGUAGAUGGACGUUUAGCUUUAUUGACAAGAGUUAGUGGUUACAUUGUAAAGCUUGGGCUACUUGACGAUCGCAGCAAGGAGCAUAAAGGCACAGGUGACGAAAACUGGACGGAAGUUACUAUUGAAUUGCCUUAUUUUUGGGGCGAGGAACGCGUCUUUACUUUACUUCUGUGUUAGGAACAGACCGGAUAAUCAUAAUAUCUUAUCGACGAGCUAGGUCUGAUGAUAAGACAUAUGAGGAUGAAGUCUCUGUACAUUCUUGCAACUGGAAAAAGACGAGCACCUUCAGGAAGAUCAAAAUCACAGGCAUUCCCUCCUCAAUUAUGUACUGUUUUCCUUUCACGAUUUUCACGACUUUCUGUGAAAGCUUAUUACCUGUUCAAAAACGUAUCAGCAGCAAUUCUCAGUCGUAUAGAAUUGAUUAGGAUUCCGAACAGUUGUAUCGUUUGUUGCUGACAAGAAAAUUUGUUUAUGCCUUUCAGGUUUCUCUUUUAUGAUGUAUUUUGUAAAGUCUCAGCGUUACACUAUGUUAGUGAACCACAGUAAUCUUACUUCGUUAUCAAAAGGUCUGUGGAUCACAUUUCUGUCAAUAAUUCGUCAUUUCCAAGACUAGUUUUUGAGAGUUCAGUGCA